GGAAUGCAUUUAGGAGUUGAGCAGGCUGAGGCUGUGAAGCGCUAACGACCAGCUGAACCUUGACUGGAGAUAGCGCAGGCAGCCGGGGCUAGCGGAUGAAAACAUGCCCCAUUUUACAGUGGUGCCGGUUGAGGACAGCGCUCAGUCCAACUAUGACAGUCUGGAGGGAAUAAACUGGGUGGAUUAUAGAGACACAGGGCAGAGCUACCCAGGAAACCUAGAUACUGUUAGUUCUGACGGACUUGGGAAUCAUAAGGAGGACAGCCCGUUCCUCAACAGUGCAGAAUCUGCAACCAAGAAGAAUGAUUUUUAUGACAGGAACCUGGCGUUGUUUGAGGAGGAGCUGGACAUCCGUCCUAAGGUGUCUUCACUCCUCAGCCGCCUGGUCAGCUACACCAGCAUCACCCAGGGGGCCAAGGAGCACGAGGAUGCCGAGAGCGCCGGCACAGCUCGCAACAAGGCACCUAAGUCCCCCAACAUGGGCACCCUGAUGGGGGUGUACCUGCCCUGCCUACAGAAUAUCUUCGGUGUCAUCCUUUUCCUUCGGCUGACCUGGAUCGUUGGGACGGCUGGCAUUGUCCAGUCUUUCCUCAUCGUCUUUAUGUGCUGCUCCUGCACAAUGCUCACCGCAAUAUCUAUGAGUGCUAUAGCCACAAAUGGGGUUGUGCCAGCUGGAGGGGCGUACUUCAUGAUCUCGCGAUCCCUGGGUCCAGAGUUUGGGGGCGCUGUUGGGUUGUGUUUUUACCUGGGAACCACCUUUGCAGCUGCCAUGUAUAUACUGGGAGCCAUCGAGAUCUUCCUGAAAUACCUUGUCCCUCAGGCGGCCAUCUUCCAUGCCACCGACCCUCAUGGGGGUGACAGUGCCAUGCUCAACAACAUGAGGGUGUACGGCACCAUCUGCCUCUGCCUCAUGGGAGUGGUGGUGUUCGUUGGGGUCAAAUAUGUCAACAAGCUGGCCUCGCUCUUCCUGGCUUGCGUCAUCAUCUCUAUCGUGUCCAUCUAUGCAGGGGCAAUUAAAUCCAUCUUCCACCCCCCAGAAUUCCCGAUCUGUAUGUUGGGCAACAGGACGUUGGUCAGAGAUCUGUUUGACGUGUGUGCCAAGACUGUUCUGGUGGGCAACGAGACUGAGCCCACUCAGCUGUGGAGGAGCUUUUGCGGGCAGGGAAACAUGAGCAGCUCUCAGUGUGAUGACUACUUCAGCCUCAACAACGUGACGGAGAUCCAGGGCAUUCCUGGCAUGGCCAGUGGCAUCAUUAGAGAUAACAUGUGGGGAGACUACCUGGAGAAAGGGCAGAUUCUAGAGAAGGCAGGUCUGCCCUCAGUGGAUGCACACGGUGCCAUGGAGAGCUUCGGCCUUUACGUAUCUGCAGACAUCGCUACAUCCUUCACCCUCCUGGUUGGAAUCUUCUUUCCCUCAGCUACAGGUAUCAUGGCAGGCUCUAACAGAUCGGGAGAUCUCAAGGAUGCUCAGAAGUCAAUUCCUGUAGGAACAAUCUUAGCCAUAACAACCACUUCCCUAGUUUAUUUCAGCUCAGUGGUUCUGUUUGGGGCCUGCAUUGAAGGAGUGGUACUGAGAGACAAAUUUGGCGACGCGGUCAAUAAGACCCUGGUGGUGGGCACGCUCUCCUGGCCCUCCCCCUGGGUCAUUGUCAUUGGUUCCUUCUUUUCCACCGUGGGGGCGGGGCUACAGUCCUUGACAGGUGCCCCACGCCUAUUACAGGCCAUCGCCAAGGACAACAUCAUCCCCUUUCUCAGGGUAUUUGGGCAUGGGAAGGCCAAUGGGGAGCCCACGUGGGCUUUGUUACUGACCGGGCUCAUCGCUGAGUUGGGCAUCCUCAUUGCCUCCCUAGACAUGGUGGCACCAAUCCUCUCCAUGUUCUUCUUGAUGUGCUAUCUGUUCGUGAACUUAGCCUGCGCAGUUCAAACCCUGCUCAGGACACCCAACUGGAGGCCAAGGUUUAAAUAUUACCACUGGGCUCUGUCUUUCCUAGGCAUGAGCAUGUGUCUGGGGCUGAUGUUUAUCUCUUCCUGGUACUAUGCAAUUGUGGCCAUGGGCAUCGCUGGCAUGAUCUACAAGUACAUCGAAUACCAGGGAGCUGAGAAAGAGUGGGGAGAUGGGAUCAGAGGCUUGUCUCUAAGUGGAGCGCGCUAUGCCCUUUUGCGGCUAGAAGCAGGACCCCCGCAUACUAAAAACUGGAGGCCCCAGGUGCUUGUCCUGCUAAAGCUGGAUGAGGACCUUCACGUGAAGUACCCUCGCUUGCUUACUUUCGCCUCCCAGCUGAAGGCAGGCAAAGGCCUGACCAUCGUGGGCUCCGUCAUCCAGGGCAACUUCCUGGACAGCUACGGGGAGACGCAGGCCUCGGAGCAGGCCAUCAAGAACAUGAUGGAGAUCGAGAGAGUCAAGGGCUUCUGCCAGGUGGUGGUGGCGUCCAAAGUGCGAGAGGGCAUCACCCACCUGAUCCAGUCCUGUGGCUUGGGGGGCAUGAAACACAACACGGUGGUGAUGGGCUGGCCCUAUGGGUGGAGGCAGAGCGAGGACCCACGCGCCUGGAAGACCUUCAUUAACACAGUCCGUUGCACCACAGCUGCCCACCUGGCCCUCAUGGUGCCCAAGAAUGUGUCCUUCUACCCCAGCAAUCACGAGCGCUUCACCGAUGGGACCAUUGACGUGUGGUGGAUUGUCCAUGACGGAGGCAUGCUCAUGCUGCUGCCUUUUCUGCUCAAACAGCACAAGGUUUGGAAGAAAUGCAAGAUGCGCAUCUUCACCGUGGCUCAGAUGGAGGACAACAGCAUCCAGAUGAAGAAGGACCUGGCAACCUUUCUUUACCAGCUGAGGAUCGAGGCAGAGGUGGAGGUGGUGGAGAUGCAUGACAGUGACAUCUCGGCAUACACGUACGAGCGCACGCUAAUGAUGGAGCAGAGGUCCCAAAUGCUGAGACAGAUGAGAUUGUCCAGUGCAGAGAGAGAUAGAGAGGCUCAGCUGGUGAAGGACAGACACUCCCUGGUGCGUAUGGGAAGUUUGUACUCGGACGAGGAGGAGGAAGUGGUGGAGCCCAUUCCAGAUAAAAUUCAGAUGACCUGGACCAGGGAGAAAUGUGAAGCUGAGAGGAGGAACAGGAACAAUGCCCCAGAGAACUUCCGAGAACUCAUUAGUCUCAAACCAGACCAGUCCAACGUCCGCCGAAUGCACACAGCUGUGAAGCUUAAUGAAGUGAUCGUAAACAGAUCUCAUGACGCUCGUCUGGUUCUGCUUAACAUGCCUGGGCCUCCACGGAACACAGAUGGGGAUGAAAACUACAUGGAGUUCCUAGAAGUGCUGACCGAGGGGCUAGAGCGAGUGCUGCUGGUGAGAGGGGGAGGACGAGAGGUCAUCACUAUCUACUCUUGACCUGAUACGACAAAGGCCAAUUUGAGGGUCAUUACACUGCCCAAACAGGAAAACAUUCCAUCCUCUAUCUCCUGCUGUUUUCCACCCACCCUUGUUAUCGUUCUUAGAAAUAUUCUAAGGAAUGACAGACAUUGUGACAAUCCAUUGUGGGUUGUGGACAACAAAAAGUAAAAAAGGUCUUCAUAAUUUAAGUAAAUGAGACAAUAUGUUGUCCCCCUUUGGCUAAAAAACGGAUGUUUUUUUAAUAUCAUGGACUUUCUAAUCAGUGAUAGCUUGACAGACCACAGACCUUUUUCUUGGUGAUCCAUACGACCAUAUUUAAGUAGAGUGUCAAAUGAUUCCUUUCUUAAUGUUACAACUGUGGAAAAUAACUUUUAUUUAUUUUCUUAUUUAUUUUCUCAACCUUCCCCUAUGAAGUAAGAGAUUCAGAUUGUAGAUAAUGAGAGUUACAGUUGGGAUACAUUCAGCAGAAAAUACUUUGUAAAUGUGGAUGCCAUUGAUCACAUUCAAGGGGUUUAUCAUUUUCAGUAUGUUUGUUUUUUUACUGGAGAGCUAUUUGUAUUGUUGAAAAGAGAAACGUUUUUAAAUCUGCAAAUGAAGAAUUGAAGAAUUGUACUUAUAGUAGUCAUUCUGGUUAUCUGGCAUAUGAACUGGGCCACCAGAUGAGUGACACAUGCAAGUGCUUCCUAACAGGCAAGAAGAAUAACUGAACAAUUUUGUAUGAAAGGAGUCCAUAAAACUUUCAGACUUAAUGAAAUUUGUAUUUUCAUAUGGAAACAAAUCUAUGAUGUAAGAGAUUGUAAACACAAAGUGCAUUACAUUACAGGAAAAUAGAAUGAUGUAGAAAAAUAUGCGAUUCAAAUAAUGUCAUGGCAAGUGCAACAAAAUAUUGAAAAUAUUUUUAAAAGAUGCUUUUGCUUGCUAUAAAGCUAAAAAAAAAAGAAUGCUUCAUAGCAAGGUCACACUCAGUCUCCUCACGUAAUCAAAUGUUGGCCCAUUUAAAAUUAACAUACAAAUAAAUGUAAAGUAAAUACGAAUGAUAAAUGAUCAAAUCAAGGUUUCAUGCUUGUGUCACUAUAAUGCAAUGUACGUUGAAUGUAAGUUCAAACAUUUGUAUCAUGUAAGUCACACAUAAUUGCAGUCCAACUCAAAAGCCCAAAUGUGUUGUGUCUUCAAUGACACACACACUGACAUCACAUGAACAAGGUGCGUAGUGCUUAUUGAUGUGGUAUUGUUAAUCAGAUCAGUCCAAUAUACUGAGGAAGAGCAUUAUUGUGGUGCAGAACCAUGUUGGACAGUUCCAUGAUCUUAACUGGCUAUGGGAGGAGGGCGUCUGUUCAUAUAGGAUCCCUGGCUGUGGGGGUCUCAGGACCACACGGCAAGGGUUUUGGACUUCCGACAGGGAGAUUUGGACCUCACUGGGGCGGGUGUCUCUCAUCUCAUCCCGUACCUGGGAGAGAGAGGGACACUUGUUAAGGGAAAUCAAUUAUCUGGAUAGUCAAAUGUAGCCAAAUCAUAGAUUCAUUUAUUAGUCAUCAAAAGAGCUCACUUUUUCCACUGCUUCGAAGACUCGCAGAAAAUUGUUCCGAAGGACCCCAAUCAGCUCUAAUUCUGUCCAAUUCCUACGCAGUAGUUCAUGGAUCAGGGCAGGGUACUUGGACACGUCUUCCAAACCAACAGGAAAGCUUCACAUGGAACCAUUUUUGGAAUUAAUGAAACAGCACUAAAACUAGAGCGCAAUAUUGGCAAAAAGUGAGCUUAAUUAUUCAAGUGAGGAGUCAUUUUCUCACUUACGUUGGUGCACCAUCAAAGUCACUACCUAUUCCGAUUGAAGCAACUCCAAUCACUUUCUUAAUGUGGUCAAAGUGGUCUUAAAAAACAAACACAGAACGACUGGUGUAAUUGAGAGAUUGGCGUAUGUACUGUACAUUUAACAAAAUUUUAAGUAAGCACGCAUUGACUUAAAUUGAGACAGAGCAUCCUUUUAAAAGGCACUGUCAUCGGCAAGCUUCAUUUUGAUUUUGAUUUUUUACAAAUAAAAACUAUUGAUGACAAUAUUA